AUGGACUCCUCGGUGGACGCUCAGGGUCCACCACGCAAGAGAAUGCGCAAAGGCACCAAAAGCUGUGUGGAAUGUCGACGUCGCAAAAUUCGCUGUUCGUAUGAAUCUGAUAGCUGCAAUCUUUGCAAUGAGUGUCGCUUGAGGGGCUCGAAAUGUUUCACGCAGGAACAGGGCUCAGAGGACUCUAGCGUCCCGUCUGGAUCUGGCCCGGCAGAGCGUUAUAGCCUCCGGGAGCGAGUCACAUAUUUGGAGACUGUAGUAAAAGACUUAGCAAAACGAUUGGAUCAAACCAAUGCUUCUAUUUCAAAAACAGCUGGUCAAGCAACAUCGGGCAACUUAACGCCCGUCUCCACUACAGAACCUGAUAGACUUGGUCCGUCGAGUGAAAAGAUUGAAAAUGCACCUGUGCUGCAGUUGUUUGAUAAUUAUCUCGUCAGUCGCCGCGAUGACCCAUCUAUUAAUGAUCAGUUUAUGGGCGCGAAUGAUACGUCCCCCAAGGCUCAAGCUGUCAGACUUGAGCUCAUAUCAUUAUUCCCAUCUGAUCAAGACAUACAAAAACUUCUGGCCAAGUGCUCUCACUUGUGGUGCAUGUGGGAAGAGGACGUUUCGGCAUUGCACAAAGUCUUUGCUGCAAAGAAUCACGUUCCAGAUACACUGGUCGCACCUGCGGAUGUAGCGAAAGCGCUUGUGUGCCUGUCUAUCAGCGCCCUUCAAUCUCCCCGUGAAUUUGACUUCAACGCGCUGCAAAAUCCGAUAGAUGCCCAAGAAUUCGCCUCUCGGUGCUGCGAAACAGUUGACAGACUGAUCAUCCGGGAUGAUGACUUCUCAGCAACCCUACCCGGCAUAGAAUGCCACCUGCUGCUUUCAAAAUUUCACAUGAACGAGGGCCGAUUGCGGAAAGCAUGGCUGAUCAAUCGUAGAGCGAUUGAACUAGCUCACUUAGCCGGCAUGCACUUGUCGACAAGGACUCAGCAGCCGUUGGACACUUUGUUUGAGAGGCGGCUCAAAAUUUGGUGUUCGCUGGCUACGUCAGAUCGAUCUAUCAGUCUGAUACUUGGUCUUCCAUAUGUUAUUUCUGAUGCAUAUUACAUACCACAAGUCGAACGACGUUUGAAGUCAGCGGAAUCUGCUGCAGAGCAGUACAUGCUACGGAUCGGUAUCAUCACUGGCCAUAUGAUCGAUCGCAAUUCAAAGCCCACUGAGAUGAGUCUUGAGAAUACUUUGAAGCUCGAUCAAGAGCUUAUGGAUGCUUGGAAUGCAGUUCCGAGCUGUCAGUUGGGCCCGGAACCUGGCCCAAACGAAAAGACAGAGCAAUUUUUGGAACGAAUACCGCUGCAGUUUAUGCCCAAGGUUAUGAGGGCCCUUCUUCAUCUACCGUUUAUGUUGAAGUACCCUCAUGAUUCGAGGCUCAUCUACUGUCAUAAAAUGGCUAUCCAAUCUGCCCGAGAGGCGUUGGUCUACUACAAGAUUCUUCGAUCAACGGCUCGGUCCUACUUAUGCAAGAUCUUCGAUUUCAUGGCUUUUACCAUGGGUAUGCUGUUGAUCCUUCACCUCAAUGGAUACUCUGAAGAGUCACCAGAUUAUAGCAAAGUAGACGACGAACGAGACUGGGAGCUUGUAAGGGAGCUUAUCGCCAUAUUUCGUCAAGCUGCUGCCCAGAGUGGCGGGUCCGUUGCCGCCGAGUCGGCCAAUAUCUUCAGUGAGAUGUACAGGUGUCGAUUACAACAGGACAAGGAGAAUUGGGAUCCAGCCGCUAGCUGCAAAAUCACCAUUCCUUAUUUUGGGACAAUUACCGUGGGCGCAGGUGCUAAGUUUGCGGCUUUCAGAAAGAAAGGGCAGCUGGCUCCCGGUGUGUCUAGUCAAGGUGAUCCAAGUCUUUGCAUCGCAAUAGCCCAAAAAACUCCUACUCAGCUGUUCACUCCACCUUUCUCGGACCCAGAUUGUGUGUCAAACGCCCCGAACAACACCAGCAGCGGUCAUACCCCGGUCACCGAAGCGACAGACAGCUACUCUGGUCAAUCACUUCCGACGAAUGGCGAUAUUACAGCGAAUUCUUUUGCAGGCUUGGAAGUUAAUCCUUUCAGUGGCUUGUUUGAUGACAUUGGACAGUACAUGUUUCCGAAUCCCAGUGUGGAUCUGGGACUCGAUCAAGGAUGGAAUCUAGACUGGUUUGAUGGUAACAUGCAACCACCGUAA